ACGUUCCCAUUCCGUCCCGCCCGGACAGGAACUAUCUUUCCAGUUGACGCGUCGGCGCCGACGGUUGUUGUCUGCAGUGAUAUCAUAACACUGCAACAUGAAGAUGCGUCCAUGUGAGCGCCACCCAUCUCCAUCUCCAUCCCUGGACAGGACACAGGUGCGAUAAACUGGGACAAGGGAAAAAGGCAUGGGGAAUAAAAGGAGGAGGAAGGAUGCCAGCUGAGCGCCUCGCCCCUCCGUGUCUGCCACCACUGCCAGCUUCGCACUAAAGACGACAGGAAAAUGGCUCAGUCUGUGAGGAGGCCGGAGGCUUUAGGAGCCAUGGACCACGAGAACAAGAGGGACAAAGUCAGGAUUGGCUACUUUGGCAACGUCAAGAGCAGGCUGGGUUCGAAGCUUCCUCCAGGCGUCUCUCAGCCUCCGCAGUUCGCUAAGCGGCCCUGGGAGACUCAGCCUCAGGCCCGAGUCGUGCAGGAGGCGACAGCCGGCGGUCAGAAUCAGCACCGGCCUCUGGACCACAUCCCCCACAUCAGGAACCCCAAGCUGCGGCAGUACUACCUGCAAGGGACCUCAUGGGAUCUGAACAAUGCCGCAGUGAAGCAAGAACCUAUGUCAGAUGACAGCGUGAGCAACAGGGGUCUCCAUGGGGACACGGUGUUCAGCGUCUCAUCUCAGUUCCACAUCGCUGACCCGUCGUCUGCUGGAGGCGGCAAAAUGGGUCAUAACUCUGCAAAUAUAUCCUCCGCCGCCCUCGUUUCCAGAGAGCAGCUGCUCGUGCCGAAGAGGAGAAGCACCCCGAGCGGACUGGGAUCAGCGCAGAACCCAGACUCUGGUCCCAGAGAGACGUCGGAGGCGGAGACGGACCGAGACUGCGUGGACACCGUCCCUGCUCCGCCGCUGUCCCCCUCACCUGAGGCAGAAUAUGACAAACUGCUGGACGUGGAGGCGUUUCCUUUGCCUGAUGGACAGCUCUGCUUGUUGGCUCUCCCGCCCGAGUGCUGUCAGGGGGAGGGACCGGAGGCCAUGCCGUACCUCAAACUCUUCUGCCGCUACAUAACCGACCGUAAGGGCGUCGUGUCCGGGAUCCUGUUGGUCACGUCGAAAAAGAUCUUCUUCGACCCGUGUAAGACGCUGGCGGUGGUGAAGGAACACGGCUGCGAGGAGUAUCUCCUGUCGUGCUCUGUCGACAGCCUGGCGUCCGUCGCCUUCUUCUCUGAUAUCUCCCACGUUCACUUCAGCACCUCCCAGCAGAGGAGAAAAGGAAAGACAUUUUUGCAGAAAUUAAAAGCCACCAAAAGCCGAGCCGGCGGUCUCCCGAACCCCAAGGGGGAGUCGCUUCCCGCUCUGGUGUCUGCGGCCUCCUCGGAGUUGUCCAGCCUGGCUCUGGGUCCGACCAGAGAGGCGGCAGGUGGUGAUGCGGAGGCGGAGAGCAGAGACAUGGCGGAGGCAGAGCGCAUGCUCGACAGCAGCCUGCUGGAGCUGCUGUCCGAUUCGUCCGUCGGCGGCGUGGGAGUGGCCGUCCUGAGCAGCGCCGCCUCCUUCUGCUGCGUAGGUCAAGAGGUGACGAGUGCAGUAAAGCCCGGUGACGACAAGGGGCCGCUUCACGUGAAGAGUCAGACCACAGAGCCUCAGACAUCAGCAGCAGCAGGAAGUGCCGGGAAGCUGAUGUUUGUUCGUCUACGGGUUCAGUCGUCUGCAGGGAAGAGGCAGGUUGGACAAGGACCUCACCUGGGAUCCACCAGAACCUCGUCUCAACGGGACGCCUGGCUCGCCCUCUCACGAGAAAGUGCUGAUGAGCUGCAUGCCUACCUGACACACUGUCGGCCAGACCUGUGUGUUCUUGAGGGAGAAAAGGAGGAGGAGCAGGGGGAGGCAGACCGUGAAGAAGAGGAGUUUGUGCUGAUCGAGGACAAAGAGGAAAGGGAGGAUGACGUGGAUGAGGAGGAGGAAGUGUUCCAGAGGCACCGCGGCUCUGGGGAGGACUGGGAGAUGGUUUUGAUGGAAGAGAACAUGGACAAGGCGACCCUGGUCAUUGACAGGGACCCUGAAGGACUCAGUGGUAUAGUAGAGAGCAGCCACAUACUGGAAGCCUCACAUGUGAGAGAGUUAUGUAAGGAACUUCCCGCUCGGACAGUCAGCCGCACCUGGCAGCUGGCUUUCAGCGUGUCCCGUCACGGCGCCAGCCUUAAGUCUCUCUACAGAAAACUCAGCAGGACAGACUCCCCCGUGCUUAUCGUCAUAAAGGACGCUCUCGACGAGAUAUUCGGGGCGUUCCUCUCUCAUCCUCUGAGGCCCAGUGAGACAUUUUAUGGCACAGGAGAGACAUUUCUCUUCAUGUUGCACCCUCGCUUCAAGUGCUUCAGAUGGACAGGAGAAAACUCUUUCUUCAUUAAAGGAGACAUGGACUCCUUUGCCAUUGGUGGAGGCAGCGGUCACUUUGGGCUGUGGGUGGAUGAGAAUCUGUACCUGGGCCGCAGCAGCCCCUGCUACACGUUUAAUAACUGUUGCCUCUCCGAAACGGACGACUUCCGCAUCAUGGAACUGGAGGUGUGGACAUUUAACUGAGCGAGCUGGGUAGAACGUUUCGCUUCCGCUUGAGAGUCACCAUGUCGCCGCCAAUCAGCUUUACCAAGACGACGUUUAUCACCGGGCAAGGAGACAAUCCGCUGCUGCGCGCAUUUCACGGUAGCAUCCAUUUAUUUAAAAGAAAAAGCAAUUACAUCUGGAAACUGGAUGUGUCCGUGGGAUGGAGUGCUGUGGAUUCUCAUGAACUGACCUGAGGACAGUGUUUCAUGCCGACUCAUUCCUGUGGUUUCAGUAACCACACUGAAGUGUGUGUGUGUAGAGCUUAACUGCGAGGAUUCUCUGAAACCGUGUGUGGUUGAAUAGUGAACACAUCUCAGAAUAUGCACUUUGCUCUUAAUGUGAAUAGGUAACUUUGAGAUGCUGUUGUUUCCGACGUGAACAUGACGGGCACGUCCGACUUCCGACUUCUCCAUAGGUUCUUGCAUGCAAACACACAUUUAUCGCCAUGUGACUAGAUUGAAAUGCCGCACGUGUGUACAGACGGCAGACUCACCGAUUAGUUUCUAUGGGUGUUUGUCAUGACGCUGAACAUAAUCAUGAGAACAGGAAGCUUCACGAAAAGCUUUUGAGUUUGAGGGGGGGGGGAAAAAUAACACAUUUGUACUUGCAAUCAGUCUUGAAAAUCUCAUUAACGCCUAUAUACUUGACUCAUACGCCACUGCUGUCAAAACACCUGCAGUCAGUGCUGUCAUUUAACUGUAUCUGUGACAUGCUCUAAUAAUUGGACAGUAUCACACUGUAGAUUACUAAAUAAAUAUCAGCACAAUGUGAAAAGGUCGGGACAGAA